AUCGGAAAUAACCAGUGAAUAUUGCUGCGUUAAGACACCGGUAUAAGUGUCCAUAUGCUUCUUGUGCAGAAGACGAUGUUCAGUUUGCGUGCAACUCAACAGGCGACGGGCUUUACAAAAAUAUUCUGUUGGCCGGAAUUUCGCAUCACUGUUUUCUUCUAGAGACUUCUUCUAAAUUAUAACCACGCCAUGGGGGUAACCUGUACGACUCAUUAUUUUCCUCAGUCGCUUCAGGAAUCUGCCUCGUUGUCCUCAAAGCUCUACAAACCAUUUCCGAAGAAAAAACGCAGUACUCGCGGCGGUGUAAUUAUGCAAUUAACGGGAGAAGGACUAGCAAGUAGCAUCCCUCCACGACACAUCAACGACCUGAUCUCCUCAGUUCGAUAUCAUUAUCAAUACCAGUGUUCAUUUGCCGCCCAGGAUGACUCCGAACUUAUUUACGGAGUUGUGGUGGAGCCAACAUCUCACUUGGCUAAACAUCCGACCUAUACUUCGCGCACGUGCACAUGGGACUUGGCAUCCUCACCCUCGACGGCUAUUACCAAGUAUCAUUGCGCAUUAACUUCUGGUCCUUGGUCGAUCUCGCCGAAUGGGCAACAAUUGUGCUGCUUAGCCAUGAAACAGGGCGUACACGAAGAGGAAGAUCUUUUCUUGUCGAGGUACGACUCUACACCGCAGAAAUGUACUCCUUGUAACAUCCCAGGAAGUUUGUCGGAAUAUCGACGGAUUUAUCCUCAGGAAUGUCCGUACUCACACGAUGGGAACACGAUUGCUUCAAUUCGCGUUGUUGCCGGAGCUCUCCAAUUGGCAAUCACUGCUGCGCGUAACGGAAAGACCAUUUGUAGUGAAAGAGUCAGCAAAGUUUGCUUUGGUUUUCGUGGUGCUGUCGUUAAUUGCGCGUUCUCUCCAAACGACCGCCUUCUUGCAGUUACUUCCUCGUACGGACAAGUAUAUUUAUUGAACUCUACCAGGUUAACACGGGUGAACAGUUUAGAUUGUGUGUCUAUUCUGUCUCCCUACAAAGUUUCAGAACUUGCCAAUGGAAAUCCGGAAGACUUCGUCACGUAUUCCGUUUGUGUGUUUGAUCCACGUUUCCCUUUCCAAGAGUUCGUCACUUGCGUCCUGUACGCUGGGAUAGUAAAGAUAUGGCAAAUGUCAUGUUGUGAUAAAAAAGAUUCAGAGAUUCAAAACAGACACACGCUAACCUUCAAAAAGCUAUUAAACGUGGUUAGGUAUUCUCCCAAUGGAACGAUUUUAGCUGUGGGAGGAAAAGAUGGGACCAUUUCUUGUAUAAAUGUGGAUGAUGGAACCGUGAGCUUUGUUCUUGAUGUCACACAACAGCCACUAGAAUUCCACAGUGCUGCAGAUGUUUUUCACGUGGCAUUCACACAGAGUGGAGAGCAACUCGCUGCAAGUUACAGCGAUGGUUACAUACGAAUUUGGCAACUGCCGAUAGUUUUUGAUUUGAAGUUGCUUUGUCGACUAGUGGUUAAUGCAUGCGUCCCACCCAACAAAGUUCUCCAGCUUCCACUGCCUCUGAGACUUCAAAAAUUCCUUCUAAACAUAAAUUUUUAA